UCAACUUCUUCUCUUUUCCCCCUAAAAUGCCCAAAUGCUCAUUUUGCGUUUAAACCUCUUUCACUGUGAAGCUCUGUUUUAGUGUGUCUUUCUUUUUUUUUCUUUUUUACAUAAAUUACACAACUACCAUGCGAUUCCCGGCGCCAUCACCUUCUCCUUCGCCGUCUCUUUCACCUUAUUCCGGUCUACCAGAGGAGAUUCUUUCUACCUCUUCUGAUCCUCCUCUACAGUUCACCCCUCCUUUGAUCGCUAUGGUGGUCGUUUUAGCCGCCGCGUUUCUAUUCGUCACCUACUCUCGCCUCAUCUCCCGCCGUUUCCUCUCUCCUCUUUUCCGCCGUUUCCGACGGUGGCGACAUCGCCGGCGCCGUCUCCUCCACCUAUCCUCCGCCUCUAACUCAUCCUCCGAUCUCCGAUCUUUCUCCCCUUUCCCUUUCGACUCUUUCCACUACUCCACCUACUCUCCCUACGGAUUGGACGAGUCCGUCAUCAAAACGCUGCCUCUGUUUCUCUACUCCGCCGCCUCCUGCACCGGGAAGACCGUCUCUCCUGCCUCCGCCGCGGCGGGGAAAACUCCCGUGGAUUGCGCUGUUUGUUUGUUGGAGUUCGAGGAGGGAGAUUACGUGCGGACGCUUCCGUUAUGCUUCCAUGCCUUUCACCUUGAGUGCAUCGACGAGUGGCUCCGAUCUCACCCUAACUGUCCUCUCUGCCGCACGGCGAUUCUCCGAUCCGGCGUCGUCGCGUCCACCUCUCCGUUCGUUCCCUUGAUGGCUCCGCGAAUCCGUCCGAGCCUCGACGAAGAGAGCAACGCGAUCAUCGUCCGGAGCGAAACUCCGCCGCGGAGUAGUAAUUUAAACACGACGGCGGCGGUUACAGACGAUCGGGAGGAGAUCAUCACAGCGGCGGCGGAAGAGCAAUCGCCGGCGAUUUCUCGGUUCCGAGAGCUGAAGAGAUCCUACUCGUUCGAUUACGAUAGGGAGGAAUCAGCAUCGGAGAGAGUGACGAUGGAGCUACCAGCGACGGUUUCUCCAUGGAGAUACCGAAGAUCCACGUGGAGCAAGCAGCAGCGUCAAUCUCCGUUCGGGAACCUGAUAUCGAAAUCGAGAGUGUUCUCGUUACGCUACCACCACCACAGAAGCGCGAAAUCGCCGUUCUCCCGGCGGCGAUCGGGAGUGUUCUUCCCGAUAUCGGAGCGGAUUCCGGCGACGGGAAGCUCGUCGCGGCGGACGAAAUCGAUGACGAGUCCGAUGUUCUUUCGAACGGCACCGCACUCGUCGAGCCGGCUGAGAUGCGGAGAUCCAGAGGCGCUGUUGUCGCCGGAGAGAUGGAGGAGAAGGGACACGUGUAGGGUAGAUAUGUAAGAUGGAAAUCGACGGUGGGGAUGGUGGGAAGAGAAAUUGAAGUGGAAGGAGGGAGCAUUAAUGGAAUGUGGGGUUUGGCAUUAAAUGGAAUUAAAAUCGACGAAACAGAGACGGCAAGACGUUGAAAGUAUUGGAGCUUGUACGACGACGUAUUAACUGUAUUUUUUUGGUUUAGUAUAUAGUAUUGUCGUUGGAGUUAUCAAAAGCAUUAACUUCCAAAGCUGCCAAAGUUAUUAUAGAAACGAAGUCAACAAACCCCAUUAGAUUUCAGAUUUCGUUUCUAUAAUAACUUUAUAUUGUCGGUCGCUUAUUGCUUCUUUCUUUUUUUAAUUACGGAAUUUUAUGUUUGCUCAA